AUGGGCUCGGCCCCAGUGAGCUCCUUGGCCCGGAGGCUUUUCUCCCGCCGUGGAAGUCGGAGGAGGGCUGGGGAGGAGACGCUGGUGAGAUGCAGGCUGACAGGCUUACCCCGGCAGAUGGGCUCGGCCCCAGUGAGCUCCUUGGCCCGGAGGCUUUUCUCCCGCCGUGGAAGUCGGAGGAGGGCUGGGGAGGAGACGCUGGUGAGAUGCAGGCUGACAGGCCACGAGAUGCCAUGUCGGCUGUCAGAGCUGCAGGCGUAUACUAAUGGCAAGAAGUAUCAGCGGCUGAUAAAGACAGCCAGAGAGUUUGACUAUGGCAAGUUUGAGCCCCAUAUAGUGCCCAGCACAAAGAAUCUACACCAGCUGUUUUGCAAGCUCACUCUCAGACACAUCAACAAGUUUCCAGAGCACGUGCUGCGUCAUGUCCAAGGGAAGCGCUAUCAGAAGGCCCUAAAAACAUAUGAGGAGUGCCAGAAGGAAGGAGUGGAGUAUGUCCCUGCCUGCUUGCGACAGAAGAAGCAGCGGACACAGCACCCUGAUGACCAAAUGAACCGGAGCAGGCAGCCUUACAGAAAAGAGGAAUUCUGGGAGCCAAAGUCCAGUGAUGAGAAUGCAGAGGAGACGGACGACAGCAUGAGUGACCUGUACCCACCUGCACUCUUCCCAGAAAAAAUCCCAGCAACUCCACAAACCACAAAGGGCAGCGAUGACUUUGCAACAGACAGCGAGGAUGAUGGAACCAGGCAGAAUGGUGACGUGAACGGAGAGGACGGUGGGAGAACGGAUGUCAACAGAGCAGUUGGCAACAAAAGGGGAAAGAAACAGUCAGGCCCUUUAAAGAAGAAAUUCAAGAGUCAUCAUCGAAAAUCUAAGAUCUUCAAGAAAGCAACCAACGGCAAAUAA